CACCGGAAUAAGGAGAUUCAGUAUACUGCGGAUCAGUGUUAAGAACGGUCAACGAUGAGUUUCACGGUUAAACCUAUCGAGGGCGAUUAUGCCGAAAAGCUGGACAAGGCUUUCGGCGUGAAAAACGCGGUAUUCGAGUACAAUCCCGGAAAAUGCCUGAUGCCCAUCUAUUUUUCGGAGAUAGCGCAACAAGUGUUAGACGCCCCUAUCAGAGAAGAUGACGUGUGGCUGGUCAGUUUUCCUAGAACAGGAUCUACUUGGUGCCAAGAAAUGAUAUGGGCCAUUGGAAAUGACUUCGAUUUCGAUACAGCCAAAAAUACUGUUCAACAAAUAAGAGCGCCACUUAUAGAAUUGUCCACUGCCCUGGCAGAAUACUAUGAUACCCUAGGAGCAAUGAUUGGGAACUCAGUAGAGUAUGUUGCAAACCAACCAUCACCAAGAUACAUCAAAAGUCAUUUGCCUUUACCAUUAUUACCAACACAGCUGGACAAAAUUAAACCAAAGAUAAUCUAUACAGCUAGAAACCCAAAGGAUCUCUGUGUAUCCUAUUUUCACCAUUGCAAAAUGUUCCAUAACCUCAACACCACAUUCGAGGAAUUCUGUGACUUGUUCCUCAAUGACCACACUCCAUUAGGAUCAAUCUGGAGCCAUUAUCUACCAUUCUGGAAUAAGAGACAUGAAACUAACAUACACUUCCUGAAAUACGAAGAUAUGAAAAGAGAUUUUAGAGGAACCGUACGCAAACUGGCAGAUUUCAUGGAAAAGACCAUAACGGAAGAACAAAUAGACAGUCUGCAAGAUUUUCUCAGUGUUGAUAAGAUGAGAGAAAAUAAAGGAUGCAAUUUGCAAGUUCUAAUCGACACAAAACGUGGAAAAGACUACUACAAAAAAUCUGGCCAACAUUUUAUCAGGAAAGGUGAGGUUGGCGACCAUAAAAAUCACAUGACUCCUGAGUUGAUCAAGAAGUUCGAUGAUUGGAUAGCUGUUAACACUAAGGGAACUGGAUUAAGUUUCGAAUAAUUUUUUAACUUGUUUGUUUGACAUUUGUAUUUGUUUUUAUUAUCAAUGUAAGGUAUUUUAAGAUUUUUUAAGUUUGAGAAUAUACACAUAUUUAUCGAGUACAUUAUAGAUAUAUUCAAUAUAUCAAUUUGUUUCUGUUUUUGAUGUUA